AUUAUUUAAAUUUAAAUAAACUAUGAAUUGUUUAGUUUUGUAAGUAGUUUGUUAAAAGUAAAUAAUCACGAUGUGGAAGCUUCUGUGUGUCUUGGCGGUGUGCGCUUCGCAAAUUGUUUCCGGAUACAGGAUCCUAGUUGUGUUUCCGUUUCCGAACAAAAGUCAUUCGAUACUCGGCCACGGGGUCGUGAGAGUGUUGCUGGACGCCGGACAUCAGGUGACGUACAUCACGAAUUCUCCGAUGAAGAGCUCCAGUCCCAACCUUCGCCAGGUGGAUGUCAGCGAUAAUGUCAACCAUUUCCCCAUCAACGCAUUCAAUCUGGAAACGUUCCUGCAAAACCAAAUAAGAACCGAUGACAUAACGUUUUUCUACGAGGCAUUCUUCGUGUUGAACAAGGCGACGAUAGCCAACCCGAACGUGCAGGCCCUGAUGGGAGAUCCUGCGCAGGAGUUUGAUCUCGUCUUCGUGGAGUGGAUGUUUAGCGAGCUCAUGUCUGGUUUAUCAGCAGUAUACAACUGCCCGUACGUUUGGUUUUCAUCUAUGGAGCCGCACUGGAUGAUCCUGGAACUCAUAGAUGAGGCUCUGAACCCGGCGUACACCACAGAGAUAAUGUCGUUGAACUCUGCGCCACUGACGUUCACGGAGAGGGUCAGCGAGCUCUAUGGACAACUGCACACCAAGGCUUAUAAAGCUAUACAUUACGACUCUCUGGAACGGCAGGCUUACGAAAAAGGUUUCGGGCCUUUUGUGGCUGCUAAAGGUCGAGUUCUACCUCCGUGGGAGGAUGUCAAGUACAACGCAUCUCUCAUGCUGGCCAACGCUCACGUGUCUAUGGGAGAAGCCACCAGACUGCCUCAGAGCUUCAAGCCAAUAGGCGGGUACCACAUUGACCCUAAGACUGCUCCUUUACCACAGGAUCUUCAAAACAUUAUGGAUAAUGCCUCAAAUGGUGUGAUAUACUUCAGUAUGGGAUCGACCCUACAGAGCAAGGAUUUACCAGAUGAAAUCAAAACAAGUCUACUGAAAAUGUUCGGCCAGUUGAAACAAACAGUAUUGUGGAAGUUUGAAGAAAAUGUGCCAAACCUACCGAAAAAUGUUAAAAUUAUAAAAUGGGCUCCACAGCCAAGUAUUUUAGCUCAUCCAAACUGCAUCCUCUUCAUCACCCACGGCGGUCUGCUCUCCACGACUGAGACCAUCCACUACGGAGUCCCCACCAUCGGCAUACCAGCCUUCGCUGACCAGUUCCUCAACGUGAAAAGAUCUGUCAAGAAGGGCAUAGCUAAGAUGGUCUACCUGUCUUACAACUUAGCCGAUGAGCUUAAAGAGGCUAUUGAAGAGAUGAUUAGCAAUUCCAGUUACAGACAAAGAGUGCAGGAGUUGUCGGAGGUCUACCACGACCGACCGGCGCCGCCCGCCGCUGAGCUGGCCCACUGGGUGCGUCACGUCAUCCGCACGCGCGGUGCCCCGCACCUUCGCUCCCCUGCUCUCCUGGUACCCUGGUACCAGAAACUCUACCUCGAUCUCGCCGCUGUUGUGUUUGUUGUUAUUGUUUUGUUGUUUGUUGUUGUUAAACGAUGUUUGUUGUGUUUAGUGUCUUCGAAGAAAGUAAAGAAGAGUUAAGUAAUUAAAUAAAGAUAAAUUAUAAUCUA